AAUCUUCCUUCCACAGUUGCAUCCCCACUUAGAUACCAUGUACCACUCAAUUAUUAUUAUAUAGCCCAUAAACAUUCCCUUGCACUAUCCCUUCUUUUGCCUUUUCUAGAGCUGCUCCUCAACUCAACUCAGCUCAACUGUUUGAGGUUGAUUAUUAUUCUGGUGAGUUGCAAUAAGAAUGGAAUGGGUUUGGUUGACAGAAUUCUUGACGGGAAUGGUGAAGCCUGUGGCAGCCACUGCAGUUGUGCUGUUGGCUGUGUUGCUGUCAUAUUUUCAGAAGCUGGGCCUUGAGGCUGAGAUGCUUUACUCCAUUCUCAGAGCCUUUCUUCAGCUUUCUGUCAUUGGCUUUGUUCUUGAGUUCAUUUUCACCCAUGAUAACAGUGUGUGGAUACUCAUGGCUUAUCUUUUCAUGGUUGUUGUGGCUGGUUAUACAGCAGGUCAGCGUGCUAAACAUGUGCCGCGAGGCAAAUAUGUUGCAGGAGCUUCCAUUCUUGUUGGAACUGCUGUGACAAUGUUUCUGCUAGUUCUGCUCAAGGUUUUCCCUUUCACUCCACGGUAUAUCAUUCCUGUGGCAGGAAUGAUGGUUGGUAAUUCAAUGACUGUCACCGGUGUUACAAUGAAAAGACUCCGCGAUGAUAUCAGGACACAGAUGAGCUUGGUGGAAACUGCAUUGGCACUUGGGGCAACGCCUCGCCAGGCGACACUUCAGCAGGUGAAGAGGUCUCUGGUGAUAGCAUUAUCGCCAGUGCUGGACAAUGCCAAAACCGUGGGUCUCAUUUCACUCCCCGGUGCAAUGACUGGCCUUAUAAUGGGAGGAGCGUCUCCUACAGAAGCUAUCCAGCUACAGAUCGUGGUGAUGAACAUGCUUAUUGGAGCUUCAACUAUUAGCAGCAUCAUGUCUACAUACCUUUGCUGGCCUGCCUUCUUCACAAAUGCUUACCAAAUCCAGACAACAGUGUUCUCUUCGGAUUAAGCUCUCUUUGUUAUCCAGUCAUCAUAUUCUCAGCAAACUCAAAUUUCAAGCAGAAAACAAAUUACAUGGCCUAGUCAGGGGAAACCUGUGCUCAAGAACUCCAACACAGUCCCUACUAAAGUAAGAAAACACCUAUAGUAGAAUCACAGAAAUGAAGUUUGAACAAGCAAGGUAAACUUUGAUUAACGCUUUGUCUAGGACAGCUUGUGACAAAUUUAUAAGAUGCAUAUUAUCUUCUAAAUAUUGAGGUUAUCACUGUUGCCUACUUUA